GUCAGGCGGGGAGGAGGGGAGACUCCCAGAGUCCAGGAGGGGCGUCUAAACUUGGAUGCCCCCUGAUUCCCCGCUCCCCAGGGAGGGCUGUCAGCUGUCCCCCACCGCAUUGCUCAGGGGGGUAGCUCAUCGCCUCCGAAACGCAGCCUGACUCGGGAGAUUGCAAAAGCUGCCUCCUCCCUCCCCGCCCCCGCCCCUGGCCGGCGGCAAAGGCCAUAUAAACGGAGGCACCCUGCCCGGCCCGCGACAACACCAGAAGUUUCUGGGCUCCGAGGUUUAUUUAAGCCGCUGCCCGGGCUCGGACCGGAGGCAGAAGGGAGAGACGGGCGGUCCCAGAGGGCACCGGUGCCCACCUCCGCGCGCCUGCCGGGUGUCCGGAGCGAAUCCCGCCGGAGCUCUCAGGGGGGCUGGGCGCCCUUGUCAGCUGCACCCCGAGGCUCCCCUCCCUCUGUCCCCCGUCCCCCGCCGGGCUUUCUCCGGCGGAGAGCUUUGGCCGAGGCCGGUCCGGCCGUAGCUGGAGGGGUUCCCGUCGCUCCGGUUGGGCAUCCCUAGCCAGCCCCCGGGGCUGAGGCAGCCUCUCGGGGGAGGACUCGGCUUUUGGGGAGGGGCCUUGAUGGUUAUUCGCUGAGAAGCCCCACAGGGAGCCAGAGGCAGGGCCGGAAGAGGGACCUGGGACUGCCCCGCGCCCACAGCGCCCAGCUAGGACUCUUGCCGCCGCCGCCGCCGUCGGGGAGCCCGCCCCGAGCCCGCAGCCAUGGCCGACGGCCAAAUCCCCUUCUCUUGCACCUACCCUUCUUCCCGCCUGAGGAGAGACCCCUUCAGGGAGUCGGGCCUGUCCAGCCGGCUGCUGGAUGAUGAUUUCGCCAUGGCCCCUUUCCCCGAUGACCUGACGGCCGACUGGCCCGACUGGGCCCGGCCCAGACUGUCCCCGUGGCCGGGCCCCCUGAGGACCGGCAUGACCCCCCUGGUCCCCAGCAUGGCCCCUCCGGUCUACGGAGCCAGGUACGGGCCCGUGGAGAACCGAAGCCCACCCCCCUGCCGCGGGGAACCCUGGAAAGUCUGUGUCAACGUGCACAGCUACAAGCCAGAGGAACUGACUGUCAAAACCAAGGAUGGCUUUGUGGAGGUGUCAGGCAGACAUGAAGAGAAGCAACAAGAAGGGGGAAUUGUUUCCAAGAACUUCACAAAGAAAAUUCAACUCCCAGCUGAGGUGGACCCAGUGACAGUCUUUGCUUCCCUGUCCCCUGAAGGCCUGCUCAUCAUCGAAGCCCCCCAGGUGCCUCCUUACUCUGCAUUCGGAGACAGCAGCUUAGGCAAUGAGCUGCCCAUGGACAACCAUGAAGUCACCUGCGCUUGAAGAGCCCUCCAGAGGCAGAGCCCUCCUUGCCUUCCUCUCCCUUCCCUCCCCCAGACCCAAGAGAUUUCUCUCUGAUUCCAGAUGCAAUCACUCCAUAGAGUAGCUCCAUAGAGAUGUAUGUUGGAUAGAGAAGAUGGUUUUUCUGCUCUUACCACUGAGAGGGAAGUCUCCUUACCCAGAGUGCCUGCCUACUGAUUGCUGCCCUGCCCCGCCCUCAGGAGGUCUGACCCUCAGCUUCUCCCCGGACAGAGAGCCGACCCUGCACCAUACCCGGAGGGCUAGUGACGACAGUCCCGCUGCUUGCUCCCACAGCUCGUCCCUCCACGUCCCUGCAGGCCGCCGGCCAUCCCCCAGCCUCACUGAGAUAACUUUUUAGAGGUCUUACAUGCAUUAAGUGUCUAUCUGUAUAUCAGACCUAAGUUAGGGGGUGCCUUUUUUGUUCAUAUUUUCCUUAAGUAGAUAUUUAUGGAGAUGGGCCUGAAUGGGGGAUUUUAGGCUCCCCCUGGUCAAUUGUUGGCUAACUCUCUCCUCUGUCUAGUUCCCUCCGCCACUUUUUUUUUUCCCAGGUCCAGGUUUUCCCAGGAGGGAAUUGCCAGGUUUGGACCUUGCUCUCCAGAGUUGCCAGGAACCAAGUGCCAGCCAGACAGACAGAACUGACAAAGAGAGGCUGGGAACUUUCCACAAUGUGACAGUGUCAUGUGCUUGGGUGGGAACAUUUCUGUAUCGUGCUGGGGUUUGUUUUUCAGUUGUGUUUUGUUUGAGGGGAAAAUAACUUUAUGAAUAAUAAAAAAGAAAUGGAUCUUCUUA